AUGCCGAAUUUCCAUGUCAACGCUUAUUCAUCCCCCACUACCCAUCAGAUAAAUCACACCUACGGCACUGUUAGUCGUUUGGAUUUGCCAUUGCAUCUAUUGUUACCAUUUGAUUAUAAUUAUAAUCUCCAUCACGUUGUUUUAUUUGUGCCUAUUUAUCACCGGGACGUUUACUUCGGGGGGUCAGAUGACCCUACAUACAGUGUCGACCCCCACCUUCAUGCCAUUUUUCUAGGUUUAUUUUUCUAUUUAUUGGUUCAUUCAUAUUUAUUUCGUCAAUCUCAACCCGAUUAUGAGCAGGAUUGGAUUCUUGUUUCAGGUUUCGUCAUACAAUUUGCCCGUAGAGCAUUCGCGUAG